AUGACGAUAACGGCGUCCACGGAAAGAAUGGAGACCACGAAAGGCUUGCCGAAAAUGAAGUUUAUCAAUGCCAAUCUCCUUUCACUGAAACUCCUAUUAUUCCUAUUCUUUGGAGGUACGUGUGGGUCGAGUGGAGCAAUAAAAUCAUAUUCACAGGAAUGGGCUGCCUCUAAGAUCCGAAUGAUUUCAAUGAUCUCGCCAGCGAUAGCGAUCGUAGGGCCCCUGAUUGCCAGUCCCAUUGCCGACAAAUUGGCGGGUCAUCAGGGUAGAAAUAAGUCAUCGACGGGUCGUUAUCUUCGGGUGAUGAUCGCGAUCGCUUGCAUCCUGUCUGCCAUUUUCUAUGCGUUUCUUUUAAUCAUUCCAUCCGUGGAUCACGUCGAACUGCCUAAAGGAAGAAGGCCGGGCCUAAAGUUUAACUGCGACCAGACAGGUGCAGUGGUGCUGCAAGAAAGAUGCAAGGAUCGUGUUUCUUGCCACAGAUGGUUUGACGAUACUAGGGCUGGACCGUUGCUCUUGGAAGACUGUAAUUACGCUUGUUAUCCUGUCGGAUCGAAACGAUGGCGCACCGACAAUGAUGGCUUCACUGCCUCUGGGACCAUUGACUCUGAUAUCGGAGUUCUAGACGGUAGCGGUGAUACCACAGUGAUUCCUCUAGAGAGUGAAAUGUAUACGCAGGAACAGGAGGAAUCCAAGAAGAAUCGCAGAUUCGCAAUGGCCGAUAGCGAGCCGCCGCAUUUAUGCUACAAAGAGGGUGACAGUGUGGUGUGCCACGUUUACACCGAGUACACUGGUAAUCUGGCUUUAAACGCUACUCUGGGUCAAGCUUUGAACAAUGAAAGCGACAGAGAGUGGUGUGCGUAUCCUCUGGCUGAGUAUUUCGCUUGUCGUAUACCCCCAGAACUGAAAGCGAGAAUGGCAGAGGUCUAUCAGAGCUGUUCCAUCGAAUGCAACUUGGUUGAUCCAUACACGCUUCCAGACAGUGUUUUCAUAGAGAGUCAGUGCCAACGGACAGAGGAUUGGUCGCAUUUAGUAUUCUGGACAUACUUGACGAUUCGUUCGGUCGCUGAUAUUUUCCCAACUACAGCUGUAACUUUAAUUGACGCUGCAGUCGUGAUAGCUACGAGAGAAACGUCCUGCGGACGUGGAGAUGUGGGUCGUCAAUUGGCCUUUGGUUCCCUGGGCUUUGCUAUUUUUGGCCCAGUAACGGGCUACCUCUGCACUUUGCUAGAAAACUUAAAUUCCUUCUACUACUUGCCAAUCGCACUACACGUUGCUAUGAUGCUUUUAACGGCUCUCGUUGCGAUCUGUGCUAAUGGUAUGCCUCUGAGUCCACCAGAAUGGUGGUGGCACACUAGAAGUGGCAUGCUAGCACUUCCCAUGAGUGCUAUCAAAAGGUAUGGCAGUGAGACUGCUGCUUUGGUAAUCAUACUUAUUGUCAUGGGAACUUUUUGGAGCGCCAUGGAUAGUUACCUGCCAUUACACUUACAAAAAUUAGGGGGCAACGAGUUACCUAUUGGUGUAGCUAUGACCGUAGGAGCGAUACCGGCAUUCUUAUUCCUUUGGAAGUCUGAACAUCUUGUCGAUUAUUGCGGCCACAGUAAUCUCCUCAUUACUGCCUUUACUGUGUAUAUUAUUAGGUUUACUGGAUUGAGUCUCGUUUCGGGACCUUGGUGGUCCCUUAUUUCGGAAGCUCUCGAAGUCUUUACUCUUGGUAUUAUGUGGGUGACUGCCAUUCUCUAUCUCAGACAUCUUGUCCCACGGCAUUUAACCGUAACUGCCCAAGCAUUACCUGUGAUUGCGCAUUUCUGUAUCGGUCGGUGUACCGGAGCCGUGAUUGGUGCUUAUAUAAAUGUCGACGACUCUGAUAUCGUUGACUCGUUGAGAUUCGUUUAUCGUUGCAUGGCCAUUGCAGCUGCAGCCGUCGCCGCCUUGUAUUUCGUACUCUAUCAUGGCCUAUUGAAGCCGCGGUGUCAUGCACAUACUAUACAGGGCCCUCGACAACCACCCACCGUUGUGCAGGCUGCAAUUAAGGAAUACGAACUGACAAUGAACGGAAAUGGGAAUUACACACCGCUCAGAGUCUACCACAACGGUAUGGGCAGAAAAGGUCAAUUCCGCUAUUGAGGAUUAAAAAAGGAAAGAG